UCCCAUAAUUCCACUCGCGCUCUGAACCUGUUCCGGUUUGCUGUCAUUGCUGUGCGCUGCACUCGUCCUCGUGAUGUAAACAUUUCUACACGGCGUUUACUAUUGCAAGUAGCGUUUAGCAUUUUAUUCUAAUGCGUACUUAUAGUCUUAGUGCACACUAAGUGAAGCUUUAGUGAUGUUUACUUGUGCGAUUAGACAGCGGUUAUGUCACGGCGUGUGUGUGGGUUCAGUGCAGAGAUGUUCAAGACUCUUCAGCAGGGCUUUGAUCUCUCAGGCUCUCCGAGCCUUUUCAGAUGCUCCUGCAACUCCUAAAGACUUGAAUAAACCUAUAAAGCAAUGGGAAUUAUUAGUUAAUCCUUUCACAAAGGUCAAAUGUCAUUUAGGCUGUAAUAUAUCCAUAAAACCACUGGAUCCACAUGAUUUUCCUGAGGCAGAUCGGGCAUUUAUUAGUGUGCACGUGACAGAUGCGAAUCAAACUGUUAAUGUGGACGGGUUUCAUGUUCAUUAUGAUGAUCAAAGCAAUGAACUUAACAUUUUGGGAGAUGAGGUGGAUAGCAAUGUCACUGUUGAACUGACAGCACCUAUCAAAUGUGAUCUCCACAUCAAGACUAAAGACAAAGGCAAUGUGAAGAUCCAGAAAAUGGAGAGUGACCUCUGCCAUGUUCACACAGAGAGAGGGCACUGUGUCCUAAAGUCUGUCAAGGGUCAUGAGGUUCAAGUUCAGUCCACAGGAGGAAAUGUCACUGGACUUCAGACCAUUCAUGGGAAUGUUAAUAUCAGCACAUCUUUGGACAGUAAUGUCGAUAUUAAGAAAAUCCAGGGAAGCACCAUGAAUCUCUCCACAGAACAUGGGGAUCUGAAAGUGAAGGCCAUUUAUGGUGAAUCCACCUCAAUGUCCACUUCCUCCGGGAACAUCCAGAUUGGCCAUGUACACGGUGAAGCUCUUGUACAAAGUAAAACAGGAAAUAUUGUCAUUGACAGCUCAAGUGGUGCCCUGAAGGUGUUUACUGCUGCUGGAAACAUUGAUGCAUAUGUAGGCCAAGAUGGAAGUGCAGAACUUCACAGUCAGCAAGGUGCUGUGUGUGUGCGUGUGCCGUCCACUAUGAAAGCAGCAGUGCACUUAUCUGGAACCUCUGUUAGCAUUAGCUCAGAGAUAGUCAGCUCAUGUCAAGAGACUAAACGUACUUCAGCUGAUGGGAAAACAACAGUAACAGCGAAUUUGCAUGGUGGCGUUCAUGAAGAACGAUGGAUCAAAGCCACUGCUGAAAAAGGUGCUGUCAACCUGAGAACCCAGAGCUGGUUUGAGACCCUCAGACUCGGAGCUCAGAGUUAAAAUCUGCACAGAAGCACCUGGGACCAGCUACAGAACUGACAGAACCUUGCUGCUGGUUUUAGACAGUAGAUUUAUACUGGAACAGCCUGAGAGACGUUACAGUAUAUCAGAUUAGUUGAUAAAUAGAAUGCAUUGAAACAAUUGUACAAAAGAAAGAAAUAAACCAUGCCAUUUUA